UUUCUUUCUUCCUAUCUUUCUUCAAGGACUCGCAUAGCGUGGCGUGGGCAUACCCUGUCGAUUUUUUUGUUGCUGUAUGAAGGUGUAUGAUGAUGUGGGUUUCUUUCCUUUGUUGCGUUCUGUUAACGGUCCCCCAAGCCAGAUGUAUUGUUUUGUCCACGUGCGAUGUCUACUGUGUUUCCUUUUGUGGCAGCAUUGACCAUUACGAGUCAGGGUCUCUGUCCAUGCCUCAUGGUGUAGACCUUGCUAUUUCUGUGGGCGCUCAAGACCUACCCGUGUCUUGUGUGACGUCCGUCAACGAAUCCGCGUCUGAAAAUUUCCUUCAAUAUUGUCUCCCAGUGCGCUGUUGGCAAGAUGCCCAGCAGCCCUGGACCCUCAACCAACCCAACCCUCAUGACCUUAGAUUCGAAGCCAGGAACAUGGGACGAUCAUUGGUUUCCACCGCAGUUGGCAUCACGUGCCUGCGCCAUAGAUGAUGUCCCAAUGACUUCAGGUCCAAGCACAACACCACCAUCAACUAUCUGGCCGCGUCGUGCAGUAGCACUGUCCAGGCUUCGUUUUUGUCCAAUCCUAGCUGGAUCUGGAUCAUUCUUGGCCACGGUUUAGACGUCAGCCCACAUCGUAUCGCCACGAUUCCAUCCGAGAUACACGGUAUACUAUCUGCUGGAA